AUGAAUAUUUCAACCUCUACAUUUUUAACAAAAAGACGCGGCUUAAAACGUUUGGACGAAGAACAAGAAGAAAACGCUGCAACCUUACAAUUAGGUGAUGAAUUCCAAUUACAACAACUAAACCAUCAGGGCGAAGAAGAAGAACUAGUUGCUCUAAGUUUAAGCGAAGCCAGAUUAGUAAUCAGAGAAUCAUUACAAGAACGUAAAAGGUUAUUUCAAAAAUGGUAUCAUAACGACACUGGUGUCAAGGCAGAAGUUUCCGGUGUGGAAGAAGAAGAACACAACUCUAGUGAUCUUCAGAAAAAUGAAGAUAUAGAAUUGUUUAAUAAUCAACAAAGUGUAGAAGAAGAACUAGCCAACAUUGACAGGGUAUUAGAGGCAACAACCCCAUUUCAAGGCACUAACAGUAGCAGUAAUAAAUCAAACGAUAAUGAAAAAAGCCGUGGUGUAGCAGCAACCAAUAACCAGGCUUUGAAACAGACUUUGGUAUAUUUAGCUAAUUUUAGUAGGUUUAGAGACCCAGAAACUGUUACUGCUGUAGCACAAUUACUAAGAAGUAUAACUUCUGAAUUACAUCCAUUCGAAAUAGCACAAUUGGGUUCGCUAUCUUGUGAAGAUGCAGAUGAAGCAAAAACUUUGAUUCCAAGCUUAAAUAACAAGAUUAGUGAUGAAGAGUUGGAAAGAAUAUUGAAGGAAUUGAGUAAUUUAGAAACAUUGUAUUAA